AUGAACGGAAAGAACCCCUUGCCCCUUAGUGAUAGAAGAGCUGCGCCAACUAGUGCGCCGCGUGGAAGUAUCGGAGGCGAUAACGCGGCGCUUAUCAAGAAGGGCCGCAGCAAUUCUAGUUCAUCGAGUGAUUCUGACCUCGGAGACAGUUCUGAUGAAAGAGAGAAACACAAGAAGAUGCAGCGUGAUAUGCUGGUUACCGGUGGCCUGGCUACUGUGGCGACUAUUCAUGCGGCACAUAGUGUUCACAGUGGUAUUGAGAAACGAAAGAAGCGAUUGAAGGAGCUAGAAGAAGGAAAGAUUACACCGGAGGAGGCGCGCAAACGAAAGAUCAAGGCUAAUACGUUGGAUGCGGCGAGUGUUGGAUUGGCGGCGUUGGGUAUCAGAGGUGCUUACAAGGAGUGGCAGGAGGUGAAUGAGAAGCGGAAGGAGCAUCAUGAGUUUCAGAAGGAGUGUGAGGAGCGGGCAAAGAAGAGACUGUUGAAGAGAUCGCAGAGUCAUGCUACGUCUUCUCGUCACCGUUGGCCUGAUGAGAUUGAAUAUCCGUCUUCCCGGAGUUCGCCCCUUGCGCACCAAAGUGCUUCGAUUCAACCCCAGAUCUCGUACUAG